UUUAUCGGGUGAAUUCGCGACGUCUUUCCUAAUCAGUCCCAAUUCGUAAACAAAAUCCCAUUUUAUCCGAAAAUUUCCGGAAGUCUCAUUUUUUUGAAAAGAUGCAGUCCGCGGAAAAAAUAUUGAGUUUAAAGUGGAGCAGUUUUCCGUCCCAAUUGGCGGUCUCAAUGGACACAUGUUACGAAAAACAACAGUUCGUUGACGUUUCUCUCGUUUGCAAGGACGGGACAAUCCUCAAGUGUCACAAAAUGGUCCUCGCGAACGCAAGUACAUUUUUUUGUCGUCUGCUGGUUGCGAAUGAUCAUCCACAUCCGAUGAUAAUUCUCCACGACAUUGAUGCCGAUGAUUUGAAAACAAUCGUGAAUUUCAUGUAUUGUGGUGAGAUCCAAGUGGUGCAAAGUGAGGUUAGAAGACUUCUUAGAAUCGCAAGUAUUCUCGAGGUCACCGGACUCGUGCAAAUGCAAACAUCAGAAACCGGAAGUCCAGAUUUGGAAAAUCGAACUUUCGAAAACGCGAAAGUAGACCAGCAGAGAAGUCAUAAAAACGGGCCGGAAAUUAAUUCAGGAUUUAAUAAAGUUGUCCCAGCUCCAAGAUUUGAUUCAAGUAGUACUAGGUUUGAUUCUACUGGUCCUAGAUUUGACACCGGUGCUCCUAGAUUGGACUCUGCUGGUCCUAGAUUUGACUCUAGUGGUCCUAGAUUUGAAUCCCCUGGUCCUAGGUUUGACAAUAAUGUUAGAUUUGACCCGAAUGGUGCUCGAUUUGAUAACAGUAGUGCUAGAUUUGACCCCAAUGGUCCUAGAUUUGAAAAUAACAAUCCUAGACUUGAUCCUAGUGGGAGAUUUGACAUAAAUCAGAGAUUUGAUUUUAAUCCGAUCAGGUAUGAUUCGAAUGCUUCGAAUCAGCACAGAUUUGAUUCGGGCGGAUUUCGAUUUGAUUCGAAUACAGGGAGAUUUCCACUCAAUGCAAUUAGAUUUCCAAGGCGGGAAAAUAUGCUCAUUAAUCAAAGGAGGAUGGAGGUUUUUAAUCGCUCACAGGAAUCGAGGAAGGAAUUUAUUCCAGGGGCUGAAGCGAUUCAGACGAAUCGGCUACGAUUGGCUAAAGCUGGAAUCGACAUUCAAGAAGGCAAUAAUAAAUUAAUAAAUCAUACGACAACUACGACAGACAGACACCAAAUGAGCCGACCGGGAACCAGUAAAAGUCCACAGGCCCAACCGUUUGGCCAAAAAAGAAGAGACUCCGAUCCAGCAAAUCCACUAAGUUGGACUCGAGUUCUGAAUAUGCUUUCCCGAGAUAAUCAGCUUCCAGUAAAAAAACUCUGCAUGAUGGAUGAAGUCGAAAUUUCUCCAAGCAGAACGCUUCCAACACCGAUUCCAUCAACGAGUCAAUUUUCUCCCAGAGCUUCCAGCAGUUCCAUGGAACCAGUCGAAUUAUUUAUUAGAGACGACAAUGAAUUUUCCUUCGAUUCAAGUGCGAAGCCAAACAUCUGAUCUUCACAGACUUCCAACGACAAUAAAAAUGAAGAUUCAGUUGAUAUAUCGGUUAUCAAGUCUUUCGAAGCUGGAGUCGAAGAGGUGGAGGAAAUCGAUUUCGGACUUGAGAUCGUCCCCCGAUGGAAAAUGAAAGCCGAUGACUAGUUUCCUUUCGUUAUAAAAUUAAAUUAAAUUCAACAAAUUCCCAAGACUGAAUUUUUACAAAAACUAGA